GACGGGGUUGGGAUAUAUACAUGUUUAGCUACUGGACAGAUUGAUCCUGCUCUCGACUCUGUGUUUGGAUUUCUUGAGUGACUUUGAUUGCAGGAAUUGAGAAAUUGUCCGUAUUCAUAUAAAGGUGCCAUCCUUCGGCAGAAUGAUGUUCCUGGCCUUUGGCCUCUUCUGCCUGUUGUGCUGUAAUGCAGUUCAGCUGGAAAGACGCAGUCCGAGACCCCUUGCAGCCAGAAGGCAAAAUGAGACCGCUGUCCAAACCAAAGCACAGGAGAUCCCUUGCAAAGCGAUCCCGCUGGAUUUUGUCUUUGUCAUCGACAGCUCCAGAAGCAUCCGUCCCAACGACUACGAGAAGGUCAAGACCUUCAUCAUCAAUCUGAUUCAGUUCCUUAAGAUUGGUCCUGAUGCCACACGGGUUGGUCUGCUCCAGUACGGCAGCGUUGUCCAGCCUGAGUUCUCCCUCAAGACCUACACCAACAAGGCUGACGUGGAGCAGGCGGUGAGGAACAUGGAGCACCUUGCCACAGGGACCAUGACCGGUCUGGCCAUCCAGUACACCAUGGACACUGCCUUCACAGAGGAAGAGGGAGCUCGACCGGCGAGCCUGCAAAUCCCACGAAUCGCUAUGAUUGUGACUGAUGGGAGGCCUCAGGACACGGUGGAGGAGGUUGCAGCUCAGGCGAGGCAAGCUGGCAUCCAGAUCUUUGCGAUCGGAGUGGGCAGGGUGGAUAUGAACACCCUGAAGGCCAUAGGGAGCGAGCCACACUCUGAGCAUGUGCACCUGGUGGCCAACUUUAGCCAGAUAGAAACCCUCAUCUCCGUGUUUCAGUCCAAACUGUGUGGAGCCACAGAGAUGUGUGAGGUUGUGGACCAUCAGUGCCAACAUAUCUGUGUGAGCAGCCCUGCUUCGUACAGGUGCAAGUGCAGGAAAGGCUUCACCCUCAACCCUGAUGGCAAGACAUGUAAAGCUGAGGACAUGUGUGCUGUGGUGGAUCAUGGCUGUGAACACAUCUGUGCCAACCUGCCUGAUGGCUACGAGUGUCGCUGCAGGCCAGGCUAUCACCUCAACAUGGACCUGAAGACCUGCAACAAGACUGAUCACUGUGCUGAUGGCACCCACGGGUGUGAACAAGAGUUUAUGAACACCGAAGGCUCCUGUGUGUGUAAAUGCAGAGAAGGCUACACACUCAGGCCUGAUGGGAAAACGUGCAAGAAGCUUGAUCACUGUGCUGAUGGCACCCAUGGGUGUGAACAGGAGUUUGUAAAUACAGAAGACUCCUGUGUGUGUAAAUGCAGGCAAGGCUACACACUCAGGCCUGAUGGGAAGACAUGCAAGAAGAUUGAUCACUGUGCUGAUGGGAAACAUGGCUGUGAGCAGGACUUCACGAGCACAGAAGAUUCGUGUGUGUGCAAAUGCAGAAAAGGAUACACACUCCGACCUGACGGCAAAACAUGUCAGAGUCUGGAUCUAUGUCAGACCGUGGUCCAUGGCUGUGAGCAUCAGUGUGUCAACACCAAUGACUCCUACAUCUGCAGAUGUUUUGAAGGAUUCACGUUGACAGAAGAUGGGAAGAGCUGCAAAAAACCUGAGUGUGGUGAUGGAGUAAUGGAUCUGGUUUUUGUGAUUGAUGGCUCCAAGAGUCUGGGCCUUGUCAACUUUGAGCUGGUCAAACAGUUUGUAAAUGGCAUUGUGGACUCGCUGGACAUUUCCAAGACAGGCACACGUGUCGGCCUUCUUCAGUUUUCCACCAAGGUUCGCACAGAGUUCACCCUGGGCCAGUACACCACAGCACAGGACAUCAAACAGGCUGUGACCCGGAUGCGGUACAUGGGGAGAGGCUCGAUGACAGGGUCUGCCUUACGUCACAUGUUUGAGUUCAGCUUUUCAGCCAAAGAAGGCGCCAGGCCGAACGUCCCACGUGUCAGCAUUGUGUUCACUGAUGGAAGAUCGCAGGAUGAUGUUUCUGAAUGGGCUACUAAAGCAAAGAACUCUGGGGUCACCAUGUAUGCCCUGGGUGUUGGCAAAGCCAUUGAACAGGAGCUGAGAGAAAUUGCCUCAGAGCCUGAUGAGAAGCACCUUUAUUAUGCUGAGGAUUUUGAAAAAAUGGGAGAAAUUACAACAAAGCUAAAGUCCAGGAUUUGUAAGGACAAACCAUCUGAUGUAAACAUGUGCCAGUGUGAGAACGUGAUAAUGUUUCAGAACCAGGUCACUGAGAAACUGAAGAACCUGGAGCAGAAUAUUGCAGCCAUGUCAAAGAAGCUGGAGACACUCGAGAAUCAGCUUGUGCUCAAAUAAAAGGCUGAGAUUUGUCCAUCCCUCCUUUGACCUGCAGCGAAGCAUUCACAGGAUCACUCCAUUCCUGCUCAAUGCAUUGAUGCUUUUUGCAGAAGCUAUUUAUAUACUUUUGUAUACAACACAAUGUAUUCAAUGUAUUUUUGUCUGUAAUGUUCUUUAUGUGAUGCCAAGUAAAAUAAAUAACCCGUUGAGCAGGAAACUCCA